AUGUCAUCAUCCGCAGACGAAGCCGAGUCUUCCGCUCAGGCAUUAGAAAGAUACAUAACUGAGCAAUUAUCGGGUUUAUUCCUGACCGUCCCUCAGGAUGAUGUGGAGAUGAUGGCUAGAUUCGUAGAGGAAGAAGGAUUGGAGAGGGAUGAAAAGCUGGAAGGUGUUAAAGGGAUGUUGGAAGGUGUUGUUGAUGGGGGUGUAUUACCUGAAGAAGGUGUUGAUGAGAUGCUAGGUAAAGUGAUAGAUGAGCAGGAAAGAUUGAAGGUGGAGGAAGAAGAGCGCUUGAGGGAGAAAGAAGAGGAAGAAAAAUCACCCACUCCACCACCUACCAAACCCACCGAUAUUCUCUCUACGCUCACUCCGGAAGAACUAAAAGCCGCUCAGAAGAAGGCUCUCCUCCGUCAAUAUGCCUAUGUAGAUGCGUCAGAAGAUGAAGUACGAGCUGCCCUCGCUGCUAAUGGCGACAGAGAUCCGAACGCCCCUGCGAAGGCAGGUGGAGGGGGCAAUGACGAGAAGAAAGCUGCUGAGGAGAGGAAGAAAAUGAUUGAGGAUGCCUUGAGGUUGGAUGGGAAGAAGAAGAAGUAUAGGAAACAGCAGGAAAUCGACUUGCUAGCACCCAAUCUCAAUCGAGAGAAAGUAGCCUACCGAGCUCAAAUGGAGAGGGAAGCCCAGAAAUCUGCCUCUCAGCAGAAGAGGGAUCGAGAUAAGGCUGCAUUGGAUAAACAAAGAGCCGAUCAAGCCAAAGCUAAAGCUGAUAAACAGAAGAAAGCUGCCAAGCAAGAGCGAAGGGCAUAG